UUCUCUUGCGAUGGACGGUGCCAACUCAUUUCCUCUGCUCCGUCUCCCCGACAAAAACCUGAAAGAUGUUCUUCGCAAUAUGAGAACUAUUGAACUAGUGUGUUUUUCAAUGGUUUCCCAGAAGACUAAGGAUUUCACUAGAGAGCUUUGUAUUGCCGGUAGCUCUCAAUUAUUUAUUGAAUUGACCGAUUGGAAUGAAUAUAAUAUUUCGAACCAUGACGAACUAUCUUGGAUGUGCUCAUAUAAAAACAAAGAAGUUUUUCUGAGAGAUAAAGUUGAGCAUGAAGUAAUCAGGUUUUCUGCAUCAUGGCUCGAUGAAAGACGUUGGUUGAAUCAUAUGGUGUACAUCUUCCAUCCUUCGAAAAAUUGUGUGGUAUCUUUGGAUUUCCGGAAUAUGGAAGUUGAUGCAUCGCAAGUGCAAAUAAUUAAGGAAUGCCUAAAAGGACUGAACAUUUCACAGCUCGAUAUAUAUUUCACCACCGAAAUUAAGAAUGCCGUUACUAUUAUCGACACGUUUCCAUCUGUUGAUGAGCUUUUCCUGGGUGGCGAAUCGAAUCAACAGUUGGGCUCCACUCAAUCAAUUGCACUGUACCACGUUCUGCCUCAGAACUUCAGAGAGCUCACCUUAGCAGUCAACGUGUCAUUAAAUGACCUAUUGCUAACUAAUUGCUCUUUCAUUAACGUACACAGUCGACAGUUAACGGAACAGGAUAUCAAUUUGUUUCUGAAGCAUUGGGCAGUCGGAUUGAAACCAGAACUCGAAUUUUUUCGUUGUGAAAAAGAUUCACACAUUUUCAACAAAAACGCAAUAUUGGAAGGAAUUGCUCACGAGUUCGCGCCGAUUGACAGGAGGUUUAAAGUGUAUGAUAUGAGACGGAGGAAUCGUUCUCAAGACGGAGGAAUCGAUAUACACUUGCCUCAAGGAAUCAAGGCAACCAUUGCUUUUGAUUAUGGUGAUACGAUGUCAGAAAUUUGUAUUGCGGUUCAUGGUACAAGAUAUAUUAAUUUCGGAUAAUCACAAUUUUUAAAAGAUAAAUGAACUCUGGUUAAUUUGUUGAA